AUGGAAAUUGUGCAAAAAAACGAGGCCUUUAAGGUCAACGGCAAAAUGGGAUUUUCAUACGUCCAGGUCUUUGUCCAGCAAGACGGCAUUUUAUAUUGCGGUAAAUGGAGCAAUCGAUUUAAAGUUCCCAAAACGUUGCAAGAUCUUCAGGAAGUUAGGCAAAUUCCAAAGGAAAACAGGGGCCCGGAAGUGAAUACUACUUGGUCAGCGGUCUACGUGAAAAGACCGAGUCUUCUCGCCUAUGCCAAUGAUAAUCUCGACACGCAAAUCGCCCGCGAAGUGGAUGUGUGCGAGAUUCUGCGCCAGAAUCCACAUCCGAACAUUGCGAUCUAUUACGGCUAUGAAGAGAGUCACGGUCGAGUCGCUGGGGUAUGCUAUAAGCGGUAUACAUCCAUCCUACUUGAAGCGGUAAAUCCAGGACGCUUAGACAAACGGCGUUUUGCUUCAAGUGGACGUGAGCUGGUCACCGACAAAACCAUAUCUAGCUUAGAGGGAGUUCUUGAUGGCAUUCAACAUUUACACUCAAUCAGCAUUGUGCAUAACGACAUCAAUCCUGCGAAUAUUAUGUUUGACAAAGACGGCACCCUUGUUCUUAUUGAUUUCGAUAGCUGCCGCUAUAUUGGGGAGUCCUUGAGCAGUACCAAGACGAAAAGAACCCACCAGUGGCAUGAUCCUUCUGUCGAUGUCUCGUUGGAAAAGAACAAUCUCGACGCUUUCCAAGAGCUGCGAAUUUGGCUAAUUGGAUCGGCGGACGACAACUACAAUUUCGUAUGA